AGCUGCUACCACAACACCAUAUGUGUUGCAUAUUUCAUUCACACUUCGAACAACAAACUUCCGCACGUGAGCCGCGGCGGCCCAGCAGCAGCAACAACACCACCCCACCGCCAAGCGAUGACAGCAUCUUUCUGAUAUCGCACUCGGCAGUCUUGUGUGUGUCGCGAGAAAAGCAUCAUUUUUGUUUACAGCAAGCUUACCGAUUAGUGACCAAAAAAUCAUCUUCAAUUAUUUAAAUAGCCCGAGACGUGACUCACCGUGUAAAAUGGCAGGAAAUCCGGCUGAAGAGCUAGAACUUCUGGAGCGUGUGCUGUUACGGCUGGGGUUUGCCGAUACGGACGAGCAGCUGCAGACGACGGUGACCAAGUUUCUCACCCCGGUGCUGAUCAAGAUUACGUCGCCGAAUGAAAACGUUCGCAAGAAGGUAAUGGAGAUUCUGACGCACAUCAACAAGCGACUAAAAUCGCGCAAUCAAAUACAAAUCCCACUCGCGCCAUUGUUGGCUCAGUAUCAGCAGGCCGAUUCUUUGUUUUUGAUCAACUUCGCCAUCAUCUACAUCACGAUGGGCUUUCCAAGACUGACGGUGGAGGAGCAAACAGAAUUUGCCCCCGCCCUGCUAAACUGCUUGGAAGGGAAGCCGGAAACACAUCAGGACAAGAUCCUGAUGCUGGUCCUUCCACUGUUGGGUGAGAUCAAGAUACCGGAAAACCCGGAAAAGCGCUCGGAACUGCUCGGGCUGUCGAACAAACCGGCCACCAAGCAGCAGCUCCUGUCCAUACUGAUGGAUGUGCUGCUGCUGCCGUACGGUACCCUGCCCGACAGUGACGUGCCCCCCGGCAUGAGCGUGUACUCGUUCAAGCGCGUCACAGCAAAGCCCCCGAAGGCGGAGGAGCUGGAGCAGCUGAAGAAGGGCAUCGUGCGCUUCCUUUGCGGGGGCAUCUUUCCCGACCAGGAAAUACUGGCCCAUCUCGUGGUAGCGUCGGCCGACACGCGCUUCUCCGUUGCGACGCCCGCCAUCGGUGAGCUGAACAAGAUCUGCAGCUCGCUCGACUGGGUCGAUCCGAAGCUGUCCGCACCGCUGUACAGCCUGUUUUCGGGCAACGGUUCGAAGCUGCCCGACCGCAAGACGAGCGGCGUGAGUGCCCGGGUCCGGCAAAAGCUGCUGCAGCAUUUGCUCAAGUGCCGCGGCAAGGGCAUCAUCAUCGCGAACGGCAUCCAGGUGAUCUUUGAGUCGCUGUUCGGCGACAACACGAACCAGAAGUGUAAGGUGCUGGCACUGCAGUUCGCCUACAAUCUUAUUAACAAUGGACAAACUGAUUUGAUCAACAAACUGUCCAAGGUGCUGCUGACAGGGAUCUCCAAACUGAUCGGUACCGCGUCGGAGGAAACGAACGAGGUGCAGAACGCGGCGUACAGUGCGAUGGCGCAGCUUGCCAUCGUCUGUCCCGCGACGGUGAACGAGGACAUUCAGCUCGUGGGCGAAUACUUCACGCAUCUGCAGCAGGCACCGGUCGAGCUGCACUCGUCGAUUCGCGAAGCGCUGGUCGCACUGGCCCAAGCGUUCGAUUGGCGCAAGCAAAGCAGCGCGACUGCCGGCUCGUCGGAAGCGACCAGCAUGGAGACGGAGGACGUCGCCGACAAGCCGGGCACAUCGAAGCGCAAGCUAGUGGCGGCAAAGAAACGGUUCGUACCGAAUGCAAACCAGCAGCUGCUGCUCGCCCUGCUCGGGGAGAAGGCCGAAUCGAAGCUGACGAUCGUGCAGAACGUGGCGUCCGUGUUUCUAACCACCUGCUUUCCCGAUUACUACGUGCCGUCGCGCUAUCUGCUGCUGAUUAUCUGCGGCGAAAGCUCGCAGCUGCGCGAAGCGAUGACCACCUACCUGUACGGGGUGUCGAAAAAGGACCACAUCAACUACGGUGCGAUCCUCUCGGUGAGUGAGUACGACCGGGUGGAGCAGCAGGAACCGUCCGACACGAAGCACAUCGUGCUGCCGUCGUUCGGCGAGAUGGUGGAGUACGUGGCGAGCAAAUCGGAGCGCAAGGUGGCGACGAUUGUCGACCGGAUGGGGUACGGGAAGGUGAAGCUGCCGUACGCGUUCGACACGUACGUGGAGAUACUGGAGUACCUGCGCAUCUGUUUGCUGUUCAAUGCGGGCGUCAUUCCGCACCCGGGCGACGAUGAGUCGCUGUACAAGUUGACCGCUUUUCUGCGCAAGCUCGUCGCUGAGGGGCAGCGCGACACGGUGGUGAAGUAUAACGAUCUCGUUCGCCGGUUGGUGAUCGCCCGGAAGGGUAUCAGCGAGCUGACCUGUCUGUACGAUUUGGUGAAUGGUAUUCCGGACGCGCUGGUGGAGGAAAACCGAGAUUUGCUGCUGACGCUGGAAAGUUCGCUGAAGGAAACGUCCGAGCCGACGCGUGUACUGAUCGCUAGGGUGUACGGUAUGCUGCUCGCUUACGUUAGCGAUGAGCCGGAGUUCGAGCGACAGGUACGGGAGCUGCAAACGCUUGGCAAUAAAUCGCUCGAAACGCGGCACGGUUCGAUCCUGGCGGCGGCUCAUGCUGUACAUCGGAAGUUGCUACUUAAUAAAACCGCCUCCGAGCGUGCAGUUAAGGAGUGGGACUUGCUGCGGGAGCUGAUCGAGCUGCUCGUGUCGUUGUUGCGCGAUCAGCAGUCGCUGCUACAGUCGGCGGCCAUUCGUAGCUUGUCGUUGAUUGGUUCCUGUACCGCACUGCCGCUGCCCGAGGAGCAAGAAGGUAUGGAUACGGGCGAGACGGAAGCGACCGCCAGCAAGCAGCAAACGGUCACGACGAAAGCCUCGCUGAUGGAAACGCUCAUCACGCUGCUGCAGAGUGGCCACACGAAGGCGAAAAUACGGGAAGAUGCUGCCCACUGUCUCGGUUUUCUGGCGGUCGGCGAUCGGCCGUACUACGCCCGCAAGGUGCUGCAGCGCUUCCUGGGCCUGCUGAAGAUGACCAAAGAUCCGGCACUGCACAUUGCGAUGGGUCAGGCGCUGGCGUACACGCUGCAGGGUCUGCCGAAGGGUAGCCACGGGUUGAAUGACGUCAACGAGGAGGUCGGCAAUGUGGACGACGAGACGCUUACCUGGUUCCUGAUCGAGCUGGUCAAGCAGGUGAAUGAAACGCACGCGUAUCUGAAGCAGGCGUGCGCCGUUUGGUUGCUGGCGAUCGUGAAAAACUGCAGCCGGCGCAAGCCGGUGCGCGAACAGCGCCAGAUUUUGCAGCUCGCCCUGACGGAUCUGCUUUCCGAGGAUAAUGAACUUGUGCAGGAUGUGGCAUCACGUGCGAUGGGCAUCAUAUUUACCCUCUCGGAGAACGAAGACCAGGAGGCGAUGUCGAAUCUGCUGCUCGAUCAGCUAAUCGGUGGCCGGCGACAGGUGCAGAAGGUGGUGGAGGACACGAAGCUGUUCGAGGAAGGCGUGCUCGGCAAGACUCCCAUGGGAGGCAACCUUUCGACGUACAAGGAGCUGUGUGCGCUGGCGUCCGAUCUCAACAAACCGGAAAUGAUAUACCAGUUCAUGCAGAUAGCGAACCACAACGCCACGUGGAACAGCAAGCUCGGUGCGGCGUUCGGUUUGCAGUCGAUCUCGAAGAUCACCAAGCUGAAGAUGGAACCGUACCUGGGGAAGAUUGUGCCGCGCCUGUUCCGGUACAAGUACGACCCGACGCCCAAGAUACAGAACUCGAUGAUAAGCAUCUGGGACUCGGUGGUGACGGAUGCGAAGUCGACGGUCGAGCUGUACUACUGGGACAUUCUGGAGGACGUGACGAAGAACCUCACCUCGUACGAGUGGCGCACCCGCAUCGCGUGCUGUUUGGCAGUGCGGGAUCUGAUCAAACGGGCGGCGGGGCUGAAGCUCCGGUCAGAUCCGAUCGGUAGGAAGAAGGUGGAGGAUGCUCCUACGUCCAGCUCGAUGGAUGUGGAUCAGCCGAGUGUUCCCGAGCCGGAGCUGCGCUAUCUUUGGAGUCAGCUGUUCCGCGUAAUGGACGAUCAGCACGAGGGUACGCGACUGGCAGCGGAAGGCACGGCCAAUGCACUGAGCAAGGUGUGCGUGGUGGCUGCAUCGAGCGAUAACAACAAGUCGGCCAUGAAUGUGGCCAGCUCGAUCAUUCCGCUGCUGCUCGAGACGGGCGUUACGCAUACGGUGCCGGAGAUCCGCAAGCUUAGCAUUCGUACCCUUUCCGAGCUGAUCGAUUCGGCCGGUGCACUGAUACUGCCGCACUUGACCAGCCUGGUGCCGUGUUUGCUGCAAGCGACCGGUGAGCUCGACUCAACCAAGCUCGCCUACCUGUCGACGAUGGUUUCGGGACAGGCGGGCGGCGGUACGCAGGAAACGAUCGACACGCUGCGGGCCGAAGCCGUCAAGCAGCACUACACGAUGGAAACGCUGACGAAGUGCAUCCGGCACAUCGACUACGCCACGCUCGAGCGUAUGUCGCCGGCCGUGCUGGAUCAAGUAAAGUCGAGCGUCAAUCUCGGCACCAAGGUGGCCUGCGCUCACUUCAUCUGUCUCGUUAGCAUACACCUCGGGCAGGAGAUGCAACCGCUGACGAGCAAAUAUCUGGGCGCUUGCUUUACCGGGCUGACCGAUCGCAAUGCGACCGUGCGCCGGUACUACGCGUCCGCCAUCGGCCACCUGAUCGGCACGGCAAAGGAGCAGUCGAUCGAGCGGCUGUUCGGCAAGCUGGAGGAGCUUUACUUCGAGCAGCAGGCGUCGCGAUCGAAGGCGGUCCCGCUCACGAUACAGGCGAUCAACAAGCGGCACCAGGAGGUGCUGAAGGACUACAGUGCGCACGUGCUGCCGCUGGUGUUUUUCGCAAUGCACGAGGAAGUGACGGACGACAGCCGCUCGACGGUGGAGCUGUGGCAGGAGCUGUGGCACGACAUCAACACGGGCGAUGCGGGGCUGCGCAUGAAUCUGGACGCGAUCGUGACGAUACUGGAGACGAACCUGAACAAUCCCUCGUGGUUGUUGAAGGCGCAGGCCGGCGCCGCUACGCAUACGCUCGCGUCCAAGCUGAGCGCCACGCUGGACGACGCGGUGCGCUGCCGGUUGAUCGAGCUGAUACUGAACAAUGUGAGCGGGCGAACGUUCCAGGGCAAGGAGCGGUUGCUGCAGGGAUUGGCGAGCCUGUGCAAGAAGCUCGACCAGCGGGCGACGAACCACGCCGAGCGGAUUGUCGAUGCGGUGAUGAAGGAGUGCCGCAAGGAGGAGCCGGUGUACCGUACACACGCGCUCCGCUCGCUCGGCAACAUUCUGAACGAGCUGAAGGUGGACCGGUUCGAGGAGGUGUACAACAUGGUGUGGCAUUUGCUCGACAAGCCGCAGCAGCAGCAGCAGCAUCAGCAGGAUGACGGUCCGGGAGAGAGUGUCACGUCGGAGGAGCGCAACAAGCAGAUGCUGAUCUCGGUGCAGCUGAAGGAGACGGUUUGCGAAACGCUGGGCAAAGCGUGGCCGGAGUAUUCGAUCGACACGCAGCGCCGCUACCAGCGCAUGUUUGUGGAGAAGUGUGUGCAGUGUUUGAAGCUAAACACGCGCCCGGUGCAGCUGUGUCUGCUGCAGGCGCUUGGGCGGUUUUUGGAACGUUUGCAUCUGCUGCGGAGUAAGGUGGAGGGUGAGGAUGGCAAUGAGGACAUGGAAGGAGAGAGCGGCAGCUCUGCGAUGGGAGCGAAUCGUGAGAAGAAGGCAAAGGUCGAUUCGGAAGCGACGGAUGGGAACGUGCUGGAGACCGUUUGUCGCAUCGUGCUGUCCGCGAUCGUGGAAGUGGCGGCCAUACCGCACACCGGUCUGAAGAAGGAAGCCCUGAACGUGAUGCUGAUACUCACGAAAAAGCUGAAGGCCAAGGAGGCCGGCACGGUCGAGCUGGAGCUCGGUCUGGUACGGCAAACGUUCGCCCAAAUUCUGCAGCAGCUGCAGAAAGAUACGGCACCGGAAAUUAAAUGCCGGCUGAAGGAUUUGGAGGACAAACUGAAGUGAGCAGCACUAGACUGGAUUGGGCAAUAAACGUUCGGUUCGCGCAGCCACGCGAGAUUGCACGUGAAUGGUAAAAGAAAAGUCAAAAACGAAUCUUACAGCAAGGUAAUAAAUUAUGACACAUGUUUGGUAAUUGUAAA